UGUGCGACAGCCACUCAACUCCAAAGCCACAGUGGCUCCUUUUCCUUUUCGUCUCUACUGUUUCUGUUCCCCCUCCUUGCCUUUUAUUUAUUCCCCAAUUCCAAGAUCUAAGCUAAGUAGUAAGCAAAUCUCCAUGCUUAGCCCUAGCUAGCUGUACUCUUCACUUCUCUGCUCUCUUUCCCUCCCUCUUCUUCCUCACCCAGAUAUCAAGAAACCUAGCUAUAGCUGCUGAUGGUGGAUCUCUCCGAUCUUGGAGGCCGCGGCCACCCGGGUGCUGCAAGGUGGCCGCCGCCGCCGCCGCCUUCAUCAUUGCCAUCUUCUUCUAAAGUCUCCGUGCAAGUCUACACCGUCCCUAGUUCAAAUCCCAGCGGUGGAGCUCGACCUCGAGCUCAAGUUGAUGCACCAGUGAUACAUGCGUCUAGCGGCAGUAACCAUGGCGGUCGCCGCUUUGGCCUCGACCCCGUCAAGGCCAAGAUCGUCUCCCACCCUCGCUACCACGGCCUCCUCGCCGCCUUCUUGGACUGCCACAAGGUCGUCUGUCCCCCGGAGGCGGCUGAGGAGAUCGCAGCGGCGGCACGUGAGCGGGAGGCGCGGCAGCGGGCGGGAGCGGGCGACGCGCACGCUGGGCCGGACCCGGAGCUCGACCAGUUCAUGGAAUCGUACUGCGAGCUGCUUGUGGCGUGGAAGGAGGAGCUGAGCCGCCCGCUGCGGGAGGCCAAGGAGUUCCUGAGGACGGUGGAGUCGCAGCUCCACUCCAUUACUGGUACUGGGCCACCCCUGGGAGCUCUCAUAUCUGCAGAAGAGAAAAGUGGCAUUGAUCCGUCUGACGAUGACCAAGAAGAAGGCAGUGGCAUGGAGGCAGAAGAAGCUCUCGGCAUCGACCCUCGCUCCGAUGACAAGGAGCUGAAGAGGCACCUCCUCAAGAAGUACAGUGGGUACUUGGGCAGCCUGAGAAAGGAGCUGUGCAAGAAGAGGAAGAGUGGCAAGCUCCCCAAGGAGGCCCGGCAGAAGCUGCUCACCUGGUGGGAGCUGCACUAUCGAUGGCCCUACCCCACGGAGAUGGAGAAGAUGGCGCUGGCCGAGUCGACGGGGCUGGAGCAGAAGCAGAUCAACAACUGGUUCAUCAACCAGCGGAAGCGGCACUGGAAGCCGUCGGAGGAGAUGCAGUUCGCGGUCAUGGACGCUUUCCACCAGGCACCGCAGAACGCUGCCGCUGCGCUUUACGUCGACGCCCGCCUCGUGGGGGCAACGCCGGCGAUGGUCUAUGCCCGGCCGGAUCAUGGGGCUCAUGGCCUCUGGCAUAGCUAAGCCAGUGCGGCAGCACCUUAAUACCGUGCGUGCCUGCACUGCUUGGCCUAUAUAUGUACACCAUUGCUUGGAAGAAUGAGGUCUGCAUUACUCCAUCUGCGCGCCAUCGCACUAUCAAAUGUGUGCAUGUCACGACGGUAUAGGCGGCCUUAUAGGUUUGGAACUUCCAAAUAUUCUGCUUCUAUACCCGAAGGGUAAUUAGUUUCGAUGAAUUACCAUUUGUGGAUAUAAGAGGCUUUUGUGUGUAAAAAAGAGGAUCGAAGAACAGGGAAGACCUAAUUCUUA